UCAAAUUUCGUUUUGAAUUGAACUUGGGCGUGUCAAAAAAUAAGAUAUGAAAUCUUAAAAGUUUAUUUUUUAAAUCUAUAAAUUUAAUUAAAAGUGCCUUAUUCUUAAAAUAUAACUAUGUCUUAUUUAUUCCUAAUUUACUCUGUUCUAUUUGUGUUCCCGUGCAUUUAUGCUCAAUAUUAUGAAGAAAAGCCAAGUAACAUGAUAUGGUGUACGAAGAGUCUGCAAGAACAAUACAAGUGCACAAACCUCACAAAAGCCAUCGAACGUGACCGAACGUUUUUCGACGAUUUAUUACUGAAUGUAACAUGCUUCCAGGCAUACAGUGCCAAGGAGUGUAUAGAGCAUAUUGACAGGGAACAUGCCCACAUAACAACUCUUGAUGCUGGUGAUAUAUUCAUGGGUGGACGUUAUCAUUCUCUUAUACCAAUUAUGCAGGAAAAGUUUGAAGGUGGUUUUACAAAUUAUUACUCCGUGGCUGUAAUGAAAAAGAAUGAUGUACCAGAACUUACAAGCAUUCGAGAUCUACGUAAUAAAAAGGCUUGUUUUCCAUGGGUUGGCAGCUUAGCUGGUUGGAUAAUUCCAAUUUAUACGCUACAACAUGAAGGUGGAAUGGAAGUUAUUGAUUGUAAUAAUCAAGUUAAAACAGCUGCAAACUACUUCAGUGAUUCUUGUGCGGUUUAUUCUUUGAUUGAUAAGUACAAUCCGAUUGGAGACAACUCUGACAGGCUUUGCAAUCUGUGUACUGGAAAAGUUCAAGAAGGAAGAUGUACUUCGAAUGAUCCUUACUUUGGGUAUCCUGGCGCGUUCCGAUGCCUUCUUGAAGCUGGAAAUGUGGCCUUCCUUAGACAUACUACAGUGAAGGAGAUGAUAGAGAGUCCCGAAUUUAAUACAGUAUCAGCGGACCGUUUUGAAUUAUUGUGCAAAGACGGUCGUAGAGUGCCGAUAACAGAGUACAUGCAAUGUAAUUGGGGCUUAAUUCCAUCCGAUGCCGUCGUCACAUCCUCUGCUCGAACGCUUAAAGAGCGCGAAAAAUACCAACACUUUUUAGAACGCAUUGCACAGCUGUAUUCAGAAGAUCUUAGCCUAAACAAUACAAAUUCAAACGACCAAACAAAUCAAAAAUAUCCUUAUGCAGCAGCAGAUCAGCAGCGCAUAAACAAAAAUAAUUUUAACCAAGGAAGAUAUAACAAUAGGAACAACAAUGGAAACGAUUAUUCACGAAACACUUACAACCAAUAUGAAACCCAAUAUCGACGAAAAAGACAAAUUGAUUCGAGUUUCCGAACAUCGACCGAUAGUAGCUUUUUGCAGAAUUCAAAUCAGUCCGUUUUAAUAGAAUCAUUUAAAAUAUUCGAAUCUAAAAAACAUGGAAAAGCAAAUCUUUUGUUUCAGGAUGUAACUAGAUCGCUUGUGGCAGUGAAGGAGAACGAACAGUCAUUUAGUAAAUACUUAUCUGGUGUUAUGCAUUAUAUUUACGGAAUAAGGGAGUGUCCGAUUGGUAGGAUGACAUUGUGCGUAACCUCCGAUCCAGAAUUGGAAAAGUGUUUGAAGAUGAGGACUGCUCUCAAAGCUCAAAUACUAAAACCGGAAUUACUUUGCUAUAAAGCCCAUUCCCAUAUUACGUGCAUGCAAUCCAUACAAACAGGUCGGGCAGAUGUAGCUGUUCUUGAUGCCGGUGAUGUUUAUACAGCGGGUUUGAAUUAUGGAUUGAUACCUUUUAUGUCGGAAGUGUACAAUCUUGGAGAACCAGAGUAUUAUGUGGUGGCUGUGGGUAAAGAAGAAGAUCCUGAUACGGAAUUGACGUACCUUAAGGGAAAAAAUACUUGUCACACGGGGAUCAAUAUGGCAGCAGGAUGGACUUAUCCAAUGGCUUAUUUCAUAUCAAACGGAUGGAUUAGACCUUAUGGGUGUGAUAGCAUUCGGGCUGCUGCGGAAUAUUUUACGAAAUCAUGUUUACCUGGUGCAAUAAGCAGUGAAUACAACACUGGGGUUCCAUACGAUAGCAUGUGCGAUUUGUGUCAUGGAACAAGCUACCGCUAUUGUCGCAGAGAUGCUUCCGAAGACUACUACGGGCACACUGGUGCUUUUAGGUGCUUAGUGGAGGGAGGUGGCCAUGUUGCAUUUAUGAAACAUACUACAGUAAUGGAAAGCACAGGAGGGAAACGCAAGGAAUGGUGGGCACGAAACACACUUAACGAUGAUUUCGAACUUCUUUGCGCAGAUGGUACUCGAGCUGAACUUAAUGAGUAUGAAAAGUGUAAUCUGGGAAAAGUAAAGGCUAAUGCCAUUGUUGCUAGAGGAGGAGACGGCCUCAACGAUACUGAACUCAACGCAUUUAUUAACCUAUUUGCUUACGCACAACAAUUGUAUGGUCGCAAAGAUGUGGAUGCUUUUAGUUUUAGUAUGUUCUCGUCACCAGCACCAUAUUACGAUUUGAUUUUCCAAGAUGCGACGCGUCAGUUGCAAAUAAUCCAUCCAGAAAAACGACGUUACGAUAUCUACUUAGGAGGCAAUUAUAUGAGGGCGCGUCGAAUAACUGAUUGUUAUGCAGGAGCCAGCCAAAUGUCUAUAAAUAUUUCUAUUUAUUUAAUGAUGCUGAUAGCGAGCGUAAGUGCCUUUGUGGGACUCAAUUGAUAUUUGAAAGUCAUUUGAGUUAUCUUAUCAUGUAAUUAGUACAAGCGUAAAGAGAAAUGUAUUUUGAAUAUUAUUCUUUUUUUUUAAGUCUAUAACAUUCCAUUUUUUUGUUGGAAUGUCAACAUGCACAUAGAAUCUCUCGAUAAGCAUUCUAACUAAACUAGGUAAUUAAAUUAAGAUUAAGAUACAAGUUUUCUUUGUGAACUAUCUUAAAUGUAACUAUCCGUCCAUUUUAAAUUUUUUCGCCAAAUAAAUAAAUUUUAUAUUUUUUAACAAAAUAUUUA